AUGCCCAACCAGAAUAAACCCACAUCGCCGCUGGACGAAAUUGCACCUCAUAUCCUUCGCCUUUGGAAGGCCCGCCAGAAUGAUCAGCAGAUCGUUCAGGAAUUACAAAAGCACAUCGACACUAUGCACUACGGUAUCGGGGUCACAUGGUUGAAACCAUUCGUGAUGCGAUGCUUGCCCUACGUGAUACCUAUCCAAAUGCUGGAGCCCGCGAGAUGGAGGGUUGUGACAGAGUACUUUGCUUUGUAUGAACUGGAACUUGUGCGUCAGCACAAAGCUUGUCGCCUUCGAAGGAGACGCUUCUGGGCAGCAGGCGUGAACAAUUUAUUCGCCGUCAAUCAGCACGACAAGUGGCUUCGAUUUGGCCUCGGGUUGCACACUGGCAUCGAGCCUUUCUCAGGUCGCAUAAUGUGGAUUCGGGUCUGGCACUCCAACCAAAAUCCGCAACUCAUUCUGAGUUACUACCUCGACACAAUUGAGGCUCUCGGUCAUAUGCCAAUGCACCGCUGGAUGCGAAGUAAGAAAAAUGUCAUGCCGGAGAUUGCGUGGUCUCAACUGCGCCGCCGGUUCACACCUGGAUUCGAGAAUCUUCUCGAUUAUGGUGUUAAUUCUGGUUGGUAUGAUUCCAGUAAUACCCGAGAAUUGAUGGUUUUCCGCUGGGUUUUCAUACCAUGGCUUCAGCAGGAGCUGGAUGCAUAUUGGGAACAUAUUCUUCCUCAUGGAGUACCUAAUCUCAUCUACCAUUCAGCUGAAGAUUUUGGCGCUUUGGAUUUCAAGAUUAAAAUUGAACCCGAGGCCCUCAAUUAUGUCCGAAACCUUUACAUCAAGUCUUCUCACAUUGUAUUCGACCUGGUGCCAGAGGCUUUUGGCAAAUGCAUCCAGCAUUGUUAUGACGAUCUCAGUCGCCCGGUUGUCACACGGCAAACAGCCUGGAACACAUAUCGGCUUUUAUUAGAUGCACUCCGCACGGCUGACGAGUUACCACAGCAUAUUCAGCUGCUGGAUGAUGAAGUCGAAGAUUUUGUUCCACUUUUAGAUGACUAUCGAGACUUACCUUCUUGUGAGGAGCCCAAUGGCGCCUAUUACAUGGGCGGUGUGGGCGGAGGGCUUGGCCUUGAUACUGAACACCUUCAUCAGCUAGAUGUUCUUUCAUCUAAUGAUGAGCCUGACAUUACCCUCGGGACUGACGAAAACUUGGUCGGUCUUGAUCACGCUGGUUUGGUAGUUUGGGAGUUCUCAGACUGUGAAAGUGAUGAUGAAAUAGUAGAUGAAUGGUGA